AAUUCUUUUUGAUUAAAAAAAAUAGUGAAUAAAAAAAAAAUAAAAAUAAAAAAUAAAUUCUUUUCGUUGAUUUUUACCACGACAUUUCACUCGGUACGCGGCUCUGAUCGCCACUCGUGUUAAUACUCGUUAACCAGGCAAUGAUUAACAUGGCGAAGGACUACUCUGAAAAUUCAUGGAUAUUGAGUUUGGAGAAUAAUUAAAUCGGAAUCGGUUAUCCCUGAGUUACGACCUUCGUGAAAAUAUAACAUAGAAUUAGAAAUCGACCGAUGUAUUGGCUUUCAAAUUUAUCCAUGAAAAUAAGCAAGCAAAGGAUUACCAGCUACUUACAUCAGUGCUCAUAUAUGAUCGAUCGCAACGACUAAAAUAAUAGUAUAAUAAUUUCUGAACGCAAGAGGAACAAAAUAAGGAAGAAGAAAAAUCAAAGGAACAAAUAGAAUAUAGCAAUAACCAUAAGAAACUGAUUCCGCGCUGGUGGACCGCAAGAAUUAACAGGAAAAAUUCAUCAUGAGCGAGAGCAUGGAAUCGGUGAAGCAGUCGACGCCGAUCGUUAAACAGCGAUCGACGUUGGUACGUCGUGUUUCAGGCAUGUUCAAAGACGGAAAAUCGAGCGGACCUCCACUUUUAUUCCGACACGCUUCGAUGCAACGCCUACGUCAUUGCUGCCAGAAUUUGAAUCUGUUCCCGUAUCUGCUAUACUCGUUUGGAAAUUCCAAGUCUCAUCCUGCGGUGCAGAAGCUGCAUCGUCAAUUCAUCAUAAUGAUGCACAAUUUCUCGAUGAUCUUCCAGAGCAUGUUACAAACGAUACUUGAAACAUACCCGGUCAGAAAUUCCGUCCGUUUCGUUAUCAACUUACAACAAGUUUUGCUGAAGAAUCUUGACCCGCAAGGUCUAUCGAGAUCGUACCAGGCCUUCGCAAAGUUGCGAAAGACAGAGGAGACUCCAAAAACAGCCAGCGACAGCGACGUCGACGAAAAUAUCGUUGUGAAAUUCUCAAAGUUCAAACCUCAGGGACGAAAAAGGACACCGUUACUUCUUACUUUGGCCGUUUACUUCGCCUUAUUGGUACUCGCAUCUCAAAUUGUUGGUAUUUUUAGUGUUAUGUUAUUCGGUAAAUAUCCGCCCGGUUAUAUAUUCUUAAUGUCCGCACUUCUCUUUCUCGGCUACAUCACUUUGAAAAUAAUGGCUUUUGACAAAGCUGGUCACGGUUUCAAGGAAGAGAAGAGGAAAGCCGAAUAAUCCUGCUAAUAGUCAUUCGAUUGCCUUCUUUUGUCCAUUUCAAUUUGUCUUUACAUUUUUUUUUUUGUCUUUUGUUUAGCAACGUUACGUAAUAAUAAUAAUCAUCGAAAGGAUUCAUCGGAUAUCCAAAGAUUUUUGAAAUUAGUCGCAUUACCGUUGUCGAUCGUCGGAGCUUUGUGUUAGAAAACAUCGAGAUGCAUAAUUCUGGGCAGUUUUCUUUAUUUCGUCAGUUACACUUUAAUAUCAUUACUAUUACUUAUAUCCUUGUCAUUACUAAUAUCUCAUAAUUUCAUACUCUAUUUAUUACCUCCCAAAUUUUUCUUUACUUGACAAUGCAUAUAAUCAAUUCCUAAAAUGUCAUUCGGAACAAGUGCCAAAUUUCAUUUAUACUUUUUGGCUUAAAAGUUUAUUAUGAUAACAAUCACUCGUCAGAAUCCUUUCCAAUUUUAUUCCUGGGAAUACUUUUAUUGUAUGUAACAGAUUGACUCUGACAUCAUCUGCGUGACAGAGAAGAGAAUAACGUCUACCAUUAUUAAAUGUAUCGAACUGUAGGUAUUAAUUCACAAAAUACAGUCAACUGCUACCCCUGGUAUUGCAGAAUUAAAAUCGACUGAUAUAUAUUUUGUAGUAGGAUAUUGAUUGUUUGAAAUAUUUGCAUAUAGCUUCACUCAUUUGGUAGGUGGUCAUCCAUAGAUAUAUGUUAUAAUCUUACUAUUAUGUUAUGUUUCGAAAAUAUAGUACAUUCAUAAUUUAGUCACAUGACUCGGAAUUCUGCACGUUAAUUUCGCGUCAAACGGACCUCGAAUGGUUUUUUGUCAAAAGUAUCGCAUUGAAUACACGAAGCAUGAUUUAUGUUGCUCUUCAUCCCCUAGCGACACUAUCGGUUAGGACAUGAGAAGAACUGAUGAUUCGCUUCUUCGUUUAUCACGUGCAGCUCAAUUUGUAAACCCGUAAAAUUAGUGUGUGGGCUUGAGAAGGAUUAGAAAAGAAGUUAUUUGUAAAUGUUAUUGAUUAUGUAACAAGUCGAUGAUGCGUUAAUAUUACAGAGAAUAGAUUUCAAACAGUACGACUAUUUCUCAAUUACAAAUGUAUGAAACAAUAAUAAUGAAGAAAGAUUGGUUUCCUUCACUAGUUUAAGACUGAACAUUUUUUUGUGGUACUGAUUUGUAAAUAAAUAAUAGACCAGUA